AACCGAAAUAACCGAACAAACGGAACUCCCAGGCAGAGGUCGAGAGCGAUGGCUGAUUGCGAUUGGUCUACCUCACCGGAGGAGCUCCUCCGUUUGAUCGCCGUCCGAUCAUUCUCCCUCGUCGAACUCAAUCGUUUCCGAAGCAUCUGCUCAUCUUGGCGCUCCUCCGCUUCCGGCGCCGAAACUAAACAUCAAUUCCCGAGCCGCCCUCCUCUCCGCCACCUCUCUUUCGUGACAACGAAAGAGAAAAAGCGAGUCUCCAACACCUACCACCUCAUGUUCCUCUCACGCGCCGCCUUCUUCCGCGUCACUCUCUCCUCCUCCUCCUCAAAGCAAGGCUGGCUUAUAAAAUCCGACGAGGACAUCAACUCCAAGAAGUUCCGUCUCCUUGACCCUUUCUCCCGGUUCGCGCUGCCGCAUUCUCGCGAAACCCUCGAUCUUUUAGAGUUCACCGUCUCGGAGAUUGGAGAAGCCUACGCGGCGCUUAGCAAACGCAAGGGAAUAACAGAUCGUGAUUUCAAAAAAGUGGUUCUUGUCAAAGCCAAUGGAUGGAAUCAACAGCUUCUUGGGAUCAGCCGAGAGAGGUUUAUCAAAUCUUGGGAUGGGGAGUUUUGGAUCAGACUCGAAGAAAUGUCUGAUCAUAAAUUCUCUGAUAUUAUAGUUCACAGAGGGUUAACUUAUGCGUUGGAUUUCGAAGGAGCUGUUUGGUGGAUUGAUUCCAGACUUAGAAUCUAUGGGUACGGUCCUUUGUUUGAAGAAACGAUUACGAAUGGCUGUUGCAUAGAGAAGAGCUUCGUGGAAUGUUGUGGAGAGCUUUACAUUGUGGAGAGGCUCUUUGAAGAGAGUUCACGGAAGAGAAAAGCUGAUUCCUUGGAUUCGAGUGGUAAGGGACUCAAGACGGUUGGUUUCAAGGUUUACAAGAUGGAUGAGGAAUUAGCAAAAUGGGUUGAGGUUAAGUCCUUGGGAGACAACGCGUUUGUGAUGGCUACGGAUACUAAUUUCUCUGUUUUGGCUAAUGAGUUUUACGGAUGCCUGCAUAAUUCUGUUUACUUCGUAGACAAUGAGGAAAGUGAGAUGAAGGUGUUUAAGCUAGACAAUGGUAAUGGUUGUAUCGAGACAAUGUCUGAAUUUUCUGAGAGUUGUUUCCAAAUGUUUGUUCCUAGCUUUCUCUGAAUUUUUUUUAGUUCUUUUUUUAUUUUUGUAUUUGACAUGUCAUGAAAAGCCUUA